CGCGAUUCUUUCCUUCACAACAUCUUUCUUCCGUCUAUUCUCCUGUGAGAGCUGCGUACCUGACAUCUACCUACCAGCAAUGGACCCCAACUGUAACUGCGAGAAUGGUGACUCUUGUACCUGUGCAGGCUCCUGCAAAUGUAAAUCCUGCCGAUGCAAAUCCUGCAAGAAGAGCUGCUGCUCCUGCUGCCCAGCAGGAUGUGCCAAGUGUGCCCAGGGCUGUGUCUGCAAAGCCUCCCAGAUGGAGACUUGCAGCUGCUGCCACUGAUGCUCCCACCUUCCUGUGCCUGUAGAUAGAGGAAUUUGUACAGACCUGACUUUUUAUACACCCGGAUGUGUUUUCUACCCUUUUUUCCCCUCUGAAAUGAAAUGAAAAUAAACUCACUAAAUAACUUUC